AUGGACCAUUCAUCUUCCUCACGCCGUCGACAGGAUGUUGAUCAGCAGCACCGAAGACGCAGAGAUUUCUCGAAUAGUUCUUUUGAGAGAACUUCGAGCAACAUACAACUGAGCCCAGAAAGGGAAUUUCGUCCGUCUCUCAGAGACAUCAAAAUCAGUGACAACGACUUUGAAGUUUUUUAUGGAGAAGAGCCGGUAGCGGUUCUUCCAGCAGGGACGGAUGCCCCAGACGUUGCGGCAUCUUACGACACAAGAACUACCUCAUUGCGAACGCCAUCUCGACUGAGUGACGAAUACAUUUCGGAGAAAAACACCCCAAAAAUACCCAGUUUCGUUGAAGCAAUUGAAAAUGAUGGAGGAAAAGCUGAACAAGUCGAGGAGGCCGGACUGUCGUGGACGGUGACUCUCCCGACUAAUAACGAACAAAGCAUGCUUUACACAAAUCUCACCGAAUCAAACUCAGUUUGGAAAGUAGAAAAAAGCUACGACAAAAAGAUUGGCACAACAAGUCUUGAAUCAAUAUAUUCAAUUAAAUAUUCCAUCAGUGAGAUGGGACAAGGAAAAGUUACAAUUUUCUGCCCACAAGGCCCUCUCAGGGACGAUGAAAAUUUGGCAGUAGUGCAAGCCAAGUGGCUCCAUGUUCAGCGUUCUUCAAUGAGCGUCAAAGUUCUGGAAAAACUGGUCAUGGACUGCCCAAUAAUUAACGCAGACAUUCGAAGAGUUGCCAUUUUACUACUUGAGGCCGUCGAAAGGUCAUUUUUCCGAGAGUCUGAAAAUGGUGCGUAUAUUGAGCCGGGUUCGGUUUUGCGUUAUGCGGGCACCCGCCACACGCCUCAUGAUUCGCACAGCUUUGUGGCCACGGAACCCGUUGUGUUUGUUGCUUUCCCAUUUGUGGAGCUGGCUUCAUCAAGAAAUAACCAUGGAUCUCAUGAAAGAGACGAAUACUACCCUCGAACGCUCCUACAGAAUCUUUACGGAUUUGAUGUCGUCACAAGUCAGGGCAAGCAUCAAGUGAUACAUAAGAUGCCGGUCGGCAGUCAACCAAAUGAUACCUUGUUUGUCAAUCAAUUGUGGUGCCUUGUGAUAGGUUCAGAUAUCUUGAUUACAAUGUCAGACAGGCCUGCAUACGACAUGCUUGGUGACACGAUCGAGAAACGUACCGACUACUUCAGGCAACCGUUAAGAAUCGAGAUUGUUGAUAUCGAUGGCUUUCAACACAGCAUGAGUAUAUCAUCAAAGACCACAUGGGUGGAUUUCUUUCGGCAUGUUAUAUUCACUGUUCAUGGUAAUCUCAUUAGCAUCAUGGACUAUGAGCUGGUUGACCGGGCAGACGAAGUUGUAACGGCGGAAAGAUGGGUUGAACUCGCAAAAGCAACGAGACCAUCCCUGCUCAAGUUUUAUCUUGUUGAAAGAAAGACUCCAGUAUCGCGCUCGUCGAGUGUUUCUAGUCGAAGAAGCAGUCGCUCGGGCAUUAAAAGGCUUUUGUUGCUGGAUUAUGCACGCCGUGACCAUCGCCGCAACUCAAAAUCCAGCAUACUGCGACAUCAUGAUGGAAGACAUGAUGAAGAUUCGUCUUCUAGUGAAAGAAAAGCGGUAUCUAAAAGGGCCGCAACACCAGGACGGGCAAGGUAUCCAAGGUCUCCCACUGAUACUCAAUGGUACGACGAGCCAACUGAGGAGAAAUACCAACGACCUAGAGGGCAAACAGAUUCUUACUCGGAAACGAAUAACCCAGUUUUUUAUCCGCCAUCCGCCGCUACAAUAAAAACCAUAGAUAGCAGUGACGAAAGUUAUUCAGAGGCCGACGGGACAUCUCCCUCCAAGCGCGAUUCUCCAGAUGUUGACAAUGCUUAUAAGGAUGCAAAAGACUCAAUUGAAGAUGAAACCUCUCCGUAUAACGUAUUUACACCAUCAGAGCACCGGCGGCCAUCAUCUUCCGGUAAUGUCUAUGAUGAUAUCCGCCACGCAUGGUCUCCAACAAGGUAUGACCAUUCUUCAAUUAACAAAGAACAGCCUCCUGCAAGCGACUUUGAAGAGAGAGGAGAAGACAUCACAAGCCUCGAAGACAAUUUUUCAUACUUGCAUGAUGACGAUAAAAAUGAGACAUCAAAAGAAAACACCGUAGAUGUGCUAUUGUCAGAAGAUGGGAUCAGCUCCACCAAGAAUUUCGGCAUUCAAAUGGGUGAUGAAGGGGCUAGCAAAUAUAUUGAGACAUCUGCAACCCAAUCAAAAAAACCUGCCACAGCAUAUCAAAAAGUCCAGGUAGAGGACGGGUCGGAGUCUUCUGAAGAAGACAAUGUAGAUGUAUAUGCAUACCUCGGUCUAGCUCGCGCUACUGCGGCGGAUACAACUACCGAGUUGAACGUGGCGGAUGAUGCGAUGCUAAAGGAUGAGAAUGAUAAUUCUCAUCCGAUAAUUUCGACUGAACUGGAGAAUCGGGAAAAUGCACCAGAGAAAAGAGAUAUUCUUCGAAAUAGUGCCGUCUUUCCACAGGGUGUUUCACAUGACGGGGUUUACUCACGAUCUCGUUCUGUCUCAAGUUCAACUGACGAUUCCUUCCAUUCGCGUGGAAGAAGCCGUACAAGGAGACAACGGCCAUGGAGAUGGGAUAGUCCAGGAUUGUUCCAUAAUUCUUCUUCUUCACCACCUGGUGUGCGUUUUCACCCUCAAGAACGGAACUCAAGUGACAAGGACAACCUAGAAAUGUCCCCCUACGGAAGUUCAAAUGCAACCAAGGUAGAUGCAUUGCCUAUACAAACAGCUGUACCGUUCUUUUUCUGGAGACAAACCAGCAUAUCAAGUACAUUCUCAUCUCACGACACUCCAGAGCAGAUUCUUAUUAAGCUUCUUGAUCAAAUUGAUGAACGGAUUUCCGACGACCCUAUUAGCAAGUACUAUUCGAAAGUACCAGAACUCACUAUGGAUGAUGUCUUGAUGAGACAAGAAUCCCUUUACGAAGCAGGCUUGGAGAAGGGCUCGAAUAUUGGUCAAGAUGAAUCCAGUCAAUCGAAUAAGUUGGGUGUUCCAGGAACAAUUGAUUUGAGAACGACCAGCAUCUUCACCCUCCAUUCUGCUGAAAACCAAGCCGAAGCAAUGAACAAACUUGGCGAUAAGAACAAUGUUGAAAGUGUGGAAGCACUGAGCACCAAUUUAGCUCACCAGGCCAACGAUCAAAUGAAGAAACAAGAUCAACUUCUUUGGGAAGAGAGCCAAAGGGAACACGAUUCCGAAUGCACUUAUAUCAUACGAAAUUUCUCAAGCCAAGUUAAGAAAUCACAUGUCCAAAGACGAAAGCCAGCAUCAGGAAAGAUACAUUAUCUGGUUUGUGGAGAUUGCAAGGCCGCAAAGCCUUACCAAUCGGCAAAAGAUGCCCUGGACCAUUUACACGAAAAGCACAUUGACUGCCAGCAUAAUAAUUCUGAGAGGCCAUAUGACGACCCUUGCUAUGUAUGGCUACAUCGCAUUUGGCAUGAUGGAUACCCCAUGCGAAGCUCAAGAGAUGGACUCUUGGGCAUUAUGGGAGAUUUCAUAGAGGAGCUUUCAUAUAUCUGCAACUACGUGAGAGAGUUGCACAAUAUGACGACAAGAGACUCCUCAACGGGUGAUGCAGCACCAACACCGCCCUUGUCGGUGAGUAUUACUCACUCGUUUCAACAAAUUGUCAAAAUGUUCGUCUUUCGGUCCAAGCAGCUGUCUCUCAUCAACCGGCGGCGAAGUUUAGUUGGUGGAAGCUCGCUUGAGAACUUUCCGCUGGUUCAACGAAUCGAUCGGAAGAUUGAUGAACUCUUGUCCCUAGAAAUGGAUGCGAACGAGCGCAUCAUAGAUCUCUUAGAAAAUGCCAAGAAAGACAUCUUUCUAUCUGGUAUUGGAUCUCAUUCCGAGAUGCUUGAGGCUGAGACUGUUCGAGUCCAAUUUCUUGCCUUGGCCUUCAUAUCAGGGAUCCAGAGGCCUCUGCUGCAGCCAUCUUUUACGGGUCGCUCUUAUGUAAAGGAUACACUUUUACAACUCUAUAAAGAUUACACAUCUCGACUUCAUUUCCAAGCCAAUAAUCGACCUCGAAAACGAGUCUUCUUAGAUAUACACAGCCUCGAAGAAGAGCUUCAAGCACUGGAUAAAUUGGUAGAUAGCCAAGAGAGCUGUCUCUAUAAUGUUCUGACCCUCAUCGACCCUCUCACCUCUCGUUACACUACAGAGACGCGAGUUAGAGAAUUCCGAGCAGAAGUCCAGUAUGGCAAUGUUCAAUUGCACCAAUUAAUAGAAAGACGGCGAGAAAUUGACAACUUGGCGACAAGAUUAUGGAUACUGAAAGAUCAAGUGAAGCAAACCAUUGAAAUCAUGGAAGAAGACCACGGAAAAGCGAUCAGAGUUUUUACCGUCGUUACGCUAUUUUUCCUGCCGUUGUCAUUUGUUUCGAGUUUCCUUGGCAUGAAUACGGCUGAUGUGAGGAAUUCAGAGUGGAAUCAACAGAUAUUUUGGGUAACCGGAAUACCAAUGACGAUAGCAGUUCUAUCGCUGGCAUUUAUUUAUGGCUACAAAGGAGAAGAGAUCCGUGAUUGGAUGUUGCAAGACCGAGGCCAUCAAUAUUCGUCAUCAACAUUCCACGAUAUGAACAGUCAGAUAUCGCUUGAAGCGCGAUGGAAAGAGUGGAAUCCAGCGGCGACAGCGAAGCAAAACAUAACAGAGAGAAGAGCCUUUGGGUCUCUGAUAAGAAGCAAAAUAAAGAAUACAUCUGGAUGGAAGCGCAACAGUAACGAAAGUUUCAAGGGGCCUGAUGGGUCUGAUGGGAGGCAUUUAAUAAGGAGACGAAACACUGAAGACAGUCUGGCGCCUAUGAGACGCUCAUGA